CCCGCAGGCUGGGAUGUCGGUGUUGCGGCCGCUGGACAAGCAGCCUGGCCUGAACACGGCCACCAUCCUGGGGUGUCUGGGGAAGUUAAGAAGUUCUGUGCAGACCGGACUGGAACAGGUGCGACCGGGACCCUCAACCCGGGCCUGCCGGAGCCCUCUCUCGGUAAAACGGCGCCCUGCGCGCGGGAGCGAGAAUCCUGGGAGUCGAGCGGUCUCCGGUCUUUGGCCUGAUCCCCAGGCCCUUCAGCGGGACUGCUGUGCCCAGGCAUCAGUCGGCCGCCUUCUCUCCCUGGACAGCUGGUGGGCACGGAAGAUGCGCUUCUGCAGCAACUGGCCGAUUCGAUGCUCAAGGAGGACUGCGCCUCGGAGUUGAGGGUCCACCUGGCAAGGUCCCUCCCUCUGCCCUCCAGUGCGAAUCGGCCCCGAAUUGACUUGAUCGUGUUCGUGGUCAACCUUCACAGCAAAUACAGCCUCCGGAACGUGGAGGAAUCCCUGCACCAUGUGGACGCCACCUUCUUCCUGGGGAAGGCAGCCUUCCUCGCCACCGGAGCUGGGCGGGAGAGUCACUGCAGCGUCCACCGGAACACGAUCGUGAAGCUGGCCCACACCUACCGGAGCCCUCUGUUCUUCUGUGACCUGGAGAUUGAAGAUUUUCGAGCCACCAUGGCGCAGCGCCUGGUCCGCGUGCUGCAGAUCUGCGCUGGCCACGUGCCCGGCGUCUCAGCCCUGAACCUGCCGUCCCUGCUCAGGAGCUCGGAGACCCCGGCCCCAGAGGACCUGUAAGGGCCGCUGGCCUCCGAGCCACCGCUCCCCACGCCAGGUGCCUGGUGAACUUCCACUGUCUCUGAAGACCGGGUCAGGGCUUGGUGGCCCAGCGGUCAGACGCCCGCACGACCAGACUCGUCCACACUACAGCAGGGCCUGCAGCCCUCUCCCUGCCGGGCUCCCUCCAGCAGAGCCUGUCUUCACCCACCUGCCGGGGCACAGCUCCACUUCAGGCUCCGUUUGAACAAAGCAUCCGCAACAUUCGGAAAACCCCUGGCCUCCUCCACCACCUUGAUUUUGCAGAUGAGGACACUGACUCCGAUCUGUUAGGAGGGCCGGGCAGGGGGGCUCGCACUCUGUGACCCCAUCCGGCCCCACAUCCUGGCCUUACCAUUCUCCUAGAACCCGGUGUUGCCCCUUAGAGCCUCAGUUUCCCUGGGUGUGGAGUGGAGGAUUGUCGCAGUGUGAGGACUAGGUGAAAUGACCGAGGGGACAAGACCGCAGUUGGGUUUCCCCCUCCUCUGUGCGCUCCGGGCAUUUCACAAUCGGUUGCAUCAAGGUACCAGUGAGGCACGCAGUAGACAGUAACCAUUGUUUGAAAUCACACAGCUGGGUUCAAAAGCUGUUCAAACCCAGGAAUUACACUGUUCGUGACUCAGAAGUCA